UGACAUCACCAUUUUAGGGAUAGUGGUAGUAUACUGCCAGAACGGCUAUAUAUAAAGGUACCUGUUGCCAUAUGGCAUUUUCAGAUAGUAAACUCCUGUCUUCCUUGCAACUACAAAUAUUUCAACCUUCAAAACCUGAAAAUGCUUCAAGUCGCCUUACAGAACUUUUUUAGCACGGUCCUGGUCUUGAUCGCCCUCUUCGUUCUAACCAGUAAUCAGCUUGUCGUUUUCGGAGCUUCUAUUGAUCAGCGAGACGUAUGCAUCUGCACGUUACAGUAUGAUCCAGUGUGCGGUACAGACGGGAAAACGUACGGUAACGCGUGUGCCCUCCAUUGUCAAAUAAAAGAAAAUACUGGCGUUAGCCUUGGCAAAGCUUAUGAUGGUGAAUGCAAACAGGCGAAUGAAAGAGGAAAAAGGGGAGCUGCUGAGUGCGGAUGUACAUUCUUGUACGCCCCUGUUUGUGGAACAGACGGGAAAACCUACGACAAUGAGAACUGCAUGGAAGUUGAAAUUACCAAAUGCGGAACGGUUCUCGAUUCAGCGAUUAAAAAGGCUUACGAUGGAGAAUGCAGGCAAGUAUCUAAACCGUCAGAAGAAGUGUGUGCCUGUCCACUCAAUUACGCCCCAGUUUGCGGGACUGAUGGUAAUACUUACGCUAACGUAGACUGCUUCAAAAACGAAAUCACUAAAUGUGGAACCAUCAAAUCAUCUGUAACUGUCGCUCGCGACGGUGCAUGCUAACAAACGAGGGCACCAGCUAACAAAUGAUUCGCUGUGGCUUUCACUUAAAAAAUGGGCUGACAAAAUUUAAUUUGGAAAAAGAUGUUUAAAAUAUAUAUUUCCAUACGUAUAUUAUUUCCUAAUUUUUAAAAAUAUAAAAAUACUGCUACAAGUCAACUCAGAUAUUGUUGCCAUGUUUAUAUUUUUCAGUGUCUUGAUUUGGAGCUUGUAUGAUAUAAAUUAUAACUUCGAAAAUAUAUAAAUAUAUUGAAUUAACCAAAA